AUGACUACACUACUGCAUCUACCAUCUGAUUUGGAAUCUGAAUCUAACCCGGACACCUCAUCAAUUAACGAAUAUGCCGAUCAGAUAAUACAAAAAGUGGAAAAGAACCCCAAUGACAUUGACCUUUGGAAUCAACUAUUUAAUAAUUUAGACCGUUUCAUCAGUGAUAAUGUAUCCCAAGAUGCCACCUCAAAAAGCUCACUAUCUGAUGAAGUGAAAACGAAAAUACACAACACUUACAAGAGUUUGUUAACCAGAUUUCCCUAUUUAGAGGAAACGUGGAAAAAAUGGCUGAUUGUUGAAUACAAAUUGAAUGGGAUUGAAGCGUCUAUUGAUAUACUAAGAAUGGCAGUAGAAUCUUUCCCCCAUUCAGUUAGCUUAUGGAAUGAUUACUUGGCUGCUUUGAAAUCAACACAAGCUGCUGACCCUCAACAAUUUAGGUUUACAUACAAGGAAGCAUUGGGAUAUAAUGCUUAUCAUUUCACUUCUCACCCGCUUUGGGAUAAGGCAAUCGAAUUUGAAACAACACUUCAGCAGAACUCGAAGGAAUUGUUGGAAUUGUAUUUGAAAGUGAUUAAUGUGCCCCUCUAUCAAUAUGCACAGUACUAUAGUCAGUUUUCCGAAAUUAGCAAGAAUUUUGACAUCCAUGAAUUGAUGGAUAAUGAGAAGUUAACUGAUUAUGUGGAAAAAUUUGGCAAAUCGAAAAUCGAUGACUUGUCGUUAAUAGAGAAGCAUCAAAUUAUUGAUGAUUAUUUUGCAACUGUAUUUGCCUCAACACAAGCAAAAGUCAGCUCGAAUUGGGAAUACGAGCAACUACUAUUACACCAAGAAUUUUCAACUAACCGCAAGGGAAUCGAGGAAGAGCGAAGUGCAUGGGUUGAAUAUAUUGAUAGAGAGAUACUUGCUUACAAAGCGCAUCAAGAUAAAAACCAGUUUGAAUUUGUUCGUAACUUGUUUGAAAGAGCAUUAAUACCAAAUUGUUUUGACGAAGAGUUAUGGUUGAAAUACAUUAAAUUUAUCGAGGGGUCAAUCCUCCCCGAUGAAGAGAAACUUGAGUUAGAGCAAGAGAUAUAUCUACGAACCAAUGCCAAAUUCAUUCCAUUGAACCAAUGUACAAUGAGAAAAUUAUAUGCUUACCUUUUGUUGAAACGAAAUGACACUGAGGCGGCAAUUGAGUAUUUAUUCGAUUGGAUGAAGCUGCUUAGUGGCACAUCAAGACAGUAUUUUAAAUCGCCGUACUUGGAAAUGACUCGCGAGAUUAUGCAAAUUUGGAAAACGUUGCAAAGCCAGGCACAGUUUCAAGAGACUUUGGAAUUUUGCCUUGGCAAUUAUUUUGAUAAACCUAAGGAAGGCAAGAGGGCGAAACCAGAAUCAAAUGGAGUUUCAGGAGAAAAUGCCUCGUAUCAAUUGCUGGACGCAUUGUUGAUCCUGUUUGCCAAAUUUCUAAACGAUGAUUCAAUUUCAUUAGUUGUUGAUUCCUGUCUCGAUAUAUACAAGCGUCAAAGAGAUUCGGUCAAGAUUCGCACCUUAUUUAACAAGUAUCACAGAGAGAAUAGUUUAGUUAAAUCGCCAUCGUUUUGGAAAUUCAUGUUUGAAUAUGAGGCAAUAUGCGAAAACAACUUAUCAAACUUGAAACUAAUAUACCACUUCAUUCGAACGGAAUCGCAGUUGUCUAAAUCAACAAUCGAUAUGUUUGUUGACUGGUAUUAUGACAUUGCAUCGACUAACAUAAGGGAAUACUUGUCAAUCAACAAAGGCCGUUCAGAUGAUUCCACGAUCUUGAAAGACUUGGAAUUGUCCAAUUCAGUAUAUUAUAAUAAAUCGACAGGAAAACGGUUAGCAAAACAUAAUUACAAAGUUAUUGAUAAUCCAAAGUACAUGACAGACUUAGAGCAGGCUUAUCUUGAUCAAAGUGCGAAGCAAGCAGGUCAUCCGGGUGUCUUUAUUGACGCUAAUCCAGAAAUCACAAAUUCUUUCAUGAGUGGUGGCAAGUAUAUUGAUCUCACUAGAGAUGCAACCCCUGUUCCACCACUACCCACUUUCAAAGGGGUUGAAAAAGUCCAGACUUUAGGCAAGAGGAAGAGCCAUAACUCUCGUGCACUAAGGAAAUGA